GUGAGUUGGUAACACUGCUUGUUUGUUAUUUGUGGUAAAUAUUUAGGAAUAAAUAAUUACCUGUGGUAAAAAUAAUUAAAUUAAACGACAAAGGACGCGGUAUUACAUAUAUUUUUAUAAGAGAAAAAUAAAACACACAGCGAUAUAGUAUAAAUUAUUUUUCCGUGCGUGAUAAAUCCCUAAGAAUUGGACCUUAAGCAGUAUUAAAAAUAUGAUUUUUAUGAACUGACCGCCAACCAAUAAAUAAAGUUUGGAAAAGGUUUAAAUGGAUAUUACUUCGAAGUUCUAGCUAAUGAAAUUGAACAUGCAUUAUUUGAAUAUUAAGUUGUACGGUCUUAUAUUUUUACUGCUGAAUGAAGUACACAACUCUUCUUCAGAAAUAAUUACACUAUCUAUUGGUACCGCUGUAUUAGCAGGAGCAUGGAUGAAAUGGGAUAAUUUAAUAACGGAUAACACCGUUUGUCGUUUCAUGGAAUGCUGCAAUGAUGCCUAUGUGCCAUAUGAUUUGGAUAAGCUUAAAUACUCAUUGAGUGAAAAAAUGUAUGGCCAACCUCUUGUUAGUGAAUUGGUGAAUAUACUUCAUGCUCACAGAGAAUCUGUGUAUGAUAAAAAUAAAUCAAAUAAGAAGGCAUUGGUCAUAAGUCUUCAUGGAUGGUCAGGUGUGGGUAAAAACUAUGCCGCAACCAUGAUAGCAGAAUCCUUGUAUAAAAAUGGAAUGAAAAGUAAAUUUGUUAAAGUGUUUAUGGGUAAAAAAGACUUUGACUGUACAGAUCUUGAGAAAAGCAAACAAACCUUAAUUGCAAGUGUCAACAGCAUUGUUAAGAAGUGUGGCAAGUCUUUGAUAAUUUUUGAUGAAAUUCAUGACAUGUGUCCAUCUGUGCUGGAUGCAAUAAAACCUAUGCUAGACCAUCAUCAUGCUGUUGAUGGUGUUGAUUAUAGGGAUAGCAUUUUCAUUUUUAUAUCUAACAUUGGUGGAAAAGAGAUAGCUUCAAAUUUAUUAGAGCUUUAUGGAGAAGGUGUAAAGAGGAAUGAAGUUGAAUUCCAUAACUUCGAGCCUAUAAUUAGGAGAACUGCAUAUCAUCAAGGAGGAUUUGAAAAGUCUGCAACUAUUGCACAUCAUCUAAUCGACCAUUACAUUCCGUUUCUACCUCUAGAGCAAAAUCAUGUUGAACUAUGUGCACUGGCUGAAUUCAGAUUUCAUGGUAUAUUGGACCCUUCAGAGGAGAUGAUGGCGGAAGCUUUAACAGUAAUAACGUAUGGCCCAAGUGAAGACCAGCCCAUUUUUGCUAAUAAUGGUUGUAAACGAUUUACAAGGCACAUUCCAUAUGUAAUACAGAAAUUUAAGAGUAGAAAGAAUUAGAUUUAUAUACUUAAGUAAAUAUUUUAUAACUUAUUGUGAUAGACUAACUUUCUUCGGGUAGCUAAGUUUGCAAAGCAAGUUAGCAUGGCGUGAUUGUCCGUAAAAUUAAGAAACUGGAAAUCUUGUGUUUUUUGAUGGAAUGUUAAUAUUUAUUUAUGUACUUUGUGAAGUAAGAAGAGUUGUUGUUGCUAAAAGCAUUUUGUUAGUGUUCAAUCCACGAAAUUUCGGGACAGUUCUUACAAUUAAUACUAUGAUUUAACGUACGUAUUUAUAUAUUUACUUGUUAAUGAUUUCUACACAUGAAAUUAUUUUAAAUACGUGACUCUUUGACAAAUAACAAAGAACAUAGGAACAAACUUAAUAUUCUUUUUUAUUUUAUAAAAUACUAAUUAAAUACUUGUUUUCAAAAUUACAACGGUCAUAACAAUGUAUAAAACAAAUUUUAUACAAAUCUGUUUUUAAAAGUUAUGUAAAAGAAGAUAAAAUGACGCGACAGGAAUAGAAAGGCAAUGCUUAGGUACUUGGUAAAUGAAGAGAAUUAAUAAAAAUCAUAACCCUCCUAUUUGUAAAGUCAGGGAAAAAGUAAGUUGACUUACCAAAUAUAUAUAGGCCUGCUAAACCUACAGGCAACUCACCUCAACAGUCCAACUGAGAAAACUUUUCUUAGUUGGACUGUUGACCACUUAUUAGUAGGCAGUCACACUAUAUUUUCAGGUAAGUAAUCAAUAUGCAGUAAGAACAACAGUUAAAUUGUCCAAUAUGAAAUGUGAAAAUUUAUAGGGUAAAUCGACCGUAGCUAUUGUA